AAUAUCAAACAUUGCAAGGAAGGUGUAGAGAGAGAAAGGAAUAUGAAGAGGAAAAAGAAAGAGAGAGAAAGAGAAGAACAAAAAUUGUGCAACAAAGGAGAGGGCCAAGGCAAAGUAUCCAAGGAUCGAAAGAGGACCCGGCCUCUCUCUCUCUAGGUGUGAGGUGUGGAAGAUUCAAGGACCAACUCUUUCUCUCUCUACAGGAGAGUCCCUUCAAGGACCAUAUCUCUCUCUCUCUCUCUCUCUCUCUCUCUCUCUCUAUUUGCUUGAACAAGGCAGAAUUGUAGAGCCAUUUUACUUUUGUUAUCAAAAUCUCCUGUCUGAGAACUCUUGGAAUAAGGUUCAGCAGAGAGAGAGAGCAGUGGUUCGACUCGGAACCGUCGGUCAAACUGGAACCGCGCACUGACCGAUUCGAAGAGAGAGCGAUGUAGUAUGAGUCAAGAGUUGCUUGAAGAAGGGGAACAAAGAGGAAAGUGAUGGUAGACACAUCAUGGGCAAGAAAGGCAGUUGGUUUUCAGUGCUCAAGAGGGUCUUCUUACCCACCUCCAAAGAAAAAUAUGAAACAGCCCAACCAAAGAAAGGAGUAUUGAAGGAGAAGAAGAAGUGGGGUUUUGGCAAAUUCAGGCAUGGAGAACCAAACUCCUCCUUCAUUUCACGCUACACUAGAGAGCCUAGUAGUGUGGAGUCGAUUCUUGGUGAAGCUGAGCAAGAGAACCAGAAGAAGCACUCAUAUGCAGUCGCAGUGGCGACCGCAGUUGCUGCCGAGGCAGCGGUCGCCGCCGCCAAUGCGGCCGCAGAGGUUGCCCUUCUGACAGGCUCAUAUUACCCUCCUCGUUCAAAUGAUCAUUUGGCAGCCACCAAAAUACAAUCUGCAUUUAGAGGAUACGUGGCAAGGAGGAGUUUUAAGGCUCUAAAGGGUUUGGUGAGGCUUCAAGCAUUGGUGAGAGGACAGAGUGUGAAGCGCCAGACCACGAACACAAUGAGGUGCAUGCGGCUGCUGGUGCGGGUGCAAGCUCAAAUCCAUUCAAGAAGGAUUCAUAUGCUGGAAAACUCCAUUCAACAAAAGAGUGACAAGGACAAUGAGAGCACACUGGGAAGAUGGACUUUGAGUCACCAAUCCGAAAAUGAGCAUCAUCACGACGAAUGGGACGACAGCGUGCUUACAAAGGAGGAGAUCGAUGCAAGGAUGCAACAAAAGCUGGAGGGCAUCAUCAAGAGGGAGAGAGCCUUAGCCUACGCAUACUCUCAAAAGCUCUUGAGGGGAGUUUCCAAACCAAUGCUAGCCGGCAUGACAGAGCUGAGGUCCAAUGGUCUCCCAUGGGGUUGGACUUGGCUUGAACGCCAACUAACAACUCAACCCCUUGAAAACCAAGCAACAACACAUGAGAAGCCCAAACAAGCACCAAUGGACAACACCAUAGACUCAAGGCCUCGCAUUGACUCCAAAAGACACAAGCAAAUUAGUGUUGAAUCCCUAGAUUUGGCCACCCCCAAGUCCUCAAGAUCCUCUCCAGCUCCAAGCUCAAGACAUGUAAUUGCAAGCAAACCACCUUCAAUUUUUGGUUCAACAAACAUCAAGAGCUCGAAUUUCAAUGGCAAUGGAGGUGAUAGAGAUGAUGAGAGCUUAACCAGUUGCCCACCUUUCUCUAUGCCUAAUUAUAUGGCACCCACUUUGUCAGCUAAGGCAAAGGUUAGGGCUCAAAGUGCCCCAAAGAGAGGGUCACAAGCACCAAGCAAUGACCCCAAGAAAGGCCCAUUUGGGUCGUUGAGGUGGAACAAGGGCUCAAUCUUCUCAAACAAGAGCUCCAAUUCCCAAAGACUCUCAAAGCAAGAUGGCUCUUUGCAUGCACUUGGGAAUUUGAGUUUGGACUCUGCCCAUUCUUUGCCUGUCGGGGUGGGGAGAAAGCCUUUCUAUAGAUGAGGUGUGUCUUAUGUUAUUGUGUGAUUUUUAUUGCUAUUCUCUAGUUUUUUCUUAUUCUAUAUUUUUUUUUUUCUUUUGGGAUUUUUGGGGUUUUGUAAGUUGAUUGAUUGAGAGUGAUACUUAAUGGUAAUAAUAUUGAGAAAAGUAUAAUAGAAAGGUUUUGCAAUAAUUCAAGUUA